AGCUCAAUUGGUAUGGUAAUUUGAUGAUUUAACUUUUACGUUUAUUGCUGCCGCAGAUGAUUAUUGCAUCCUGUGUUUGUUAAUAUAAAUGUGUUAAUACUAACAGAAAAUUUCAAUAUGAGUAAUCAUAACACUCUGGACAAUAAAGACAAAUUAUUCCACCGGUCUGAAUCUGUUCCUCAUGUCACCCAAAGACUAAUAGAAAUGCUUGAUCACAUUGAGGUGAGGGUUGAAAUGUUACGAGAGCAAGCAUCUGCCAUGGAGUUGGAGAAAAACACCCUUCUGUCUAUGCUGUCUACUAUACGGUCAAAUAAAGAUUUUUCUCUGAUUAGUGAAGGUGAAAGGGAAGAAAUUGAGAUAACAGCAGAGCGGUUAUUAAACCGUACUCGCACAGUUGAAGUAUCCGUCACUACACCUAGAAAUGAAUUGCAGCAAAAGGCAUUAGAAAAUGUCAAUUCAUUUUUCGAAGACUUAAAUGCUAAUAUAGAAACAGAUGUUGAAACUGCCAAGACUAAACUUCAACACUAUCUUAAUUCCUGUCUGUCUGAGUGUAAAGGUCCCAUUGAUCCAAAAUUCCAAGCCGUUAUUUUGGAAUGUACUGCUGAUGAUCAAAAAAGGAUAUGUAAAAGACUAAAAUCUAUAAUGUCAUCCCUAUGAUGAUAUUUAUAUGUAAGAUUAUAUUUGUCUUCAAGUUUUUUAGUAUUUGCUUUUAGACUUUCAUAUAAAUGAAAACAAAUGAAUGUAUCUAUAUAUAUAUAUAUAUAUAUAUGCAGGAACACCUCAUUUAGUAGUGUUAAUUGGUUAUGCCGAAGUAUUUAAUUUAAUAAACUUAUACUGAGUGAAACAUUUUUUAUCUAGAAAAAUAAGUAAAUCUAAGUUUGUUUGAGCAAAGAUAUUUAUUUAACUUAAAUCAGUGAAAAUUGGAAAAGGGUAAAAGUAAAAAGGAAGAAACUUUUUUUAUUAAUUUAAAAAAAAUUUUAUC